UUGGUCUCGAGAAGAACUCUUCGAACAAUCGAGCAACGUUGUUCCAGUUUUUAUCUCAAAAUAAGUAAGUUUAGGAAACUGACAUGAAUUUUUGGAAUAUCCUAUUUGAAACUGAUAAAACUUUUAUUUUUCUUGAUUUUCUUUGUGAAAAUCAUGAAAACCUUGGAUUUCAUCAGUUCCAAAUUGGAAUUUCAGCAGAGAUGCGGAAGCUAUGCCCAAUUUUUGAAUUUUUAGAGAAAAACUUUUCUAGAAAAUUCAUUUUUUUGUUCCAGAUUGGCAGUCUACAAAUGCGCUCAAUCAAACAAUCGAUUCGAUAAAUACGGUAAGUAUUCAUAUAACAAUAAAAGAGAACUUCUGAAAUAUCCUAUUUUAAUCUAAUAAAAUUCGAAGUUUUCUUGAUUUUCUUUAUGAAAAUCAUGAAAACCUUGGAUUUUAUUAGUUUAAAAUUGGAAUUUCAGCGGAGAUGCGGAAGCUAUGCCCAAUUUUUGAAUUUUUAUUCAAAAACUUGGGGAAAAAUUUAUACAAAAAUUAUAAGGUGGAAAAUUUGUUCAAAAACUGAUUCCUAAAAAUUGGUCAUUUCUGAAAAUUCAAAUAUUUUUGCUUUCAGAUAUCAUUGGCUCAUUGUGAUUCGAUUCAAUUUCAAUUCUUCCAUCAAUCGUAUGUUUUUCUGUUCAAUUUCAUUGUUUUUUUACUGAAAUUCUCAAUUUUUCGCAUAAAAGACGAGAAAUUGAGAUUUUAUUUCUAAAAUUUCAGUUUUAAUUAUUAUAUCAGAAUCCAACUCUCUUCUCAAUCGAUUCCUCCGAAGCUAAAAUGGAAAUAA